AGGUCUCUCUCUCCCCAGCGGCGCUUUCCCGCCCCAGAGUGCGAAGAGGCCAAAGGCGCGAUGCGCUCCAGGACCUUCUGAGAGGAGACGGCGCGUGGGCGAGUCCCUCUGGCGCCGCGAGGUGUGUGCGCGCGCGCGCGUGUGUGUUUGCUCUGUGUGGAUGUUUAAGGCCGAGAAGGAGGAGACGACUUGGCCGCGCUUUGCCCACCUCCCUUCGCAGCCGGAGCGGCUCGGAAGGCAGCCGCCGGGGCCUGUCCCUUUAAGGUACGACGCUGCCCGCCCUCCGGCCCUGUGCAAAGGCAGCCAAGCGGUGCCGCAGCCGAAGGAAAAGAGUUUGACUCUCCUCGCCCCGGUCGCUCCGCAAGCUGAAGCCAGGUGGCAGCUGGGGGCGAAGAAAGAGGGUGGUCGUCAGGGAAGAAGCCGCCAGAGAGUGACGAAGGGGCCUCUGAAGGAGGGGAAGCGGGGCGGAGUUGGAACAUUUUUUGAAAUCUCCCUCCUGAACAAAAAAUGAGGUUGUGGUACUUCCCCGGCUUCCUCAUAAUCAGUUUGCUGUACUUCUGGAUUCCAUCGUCCAUGUGCUGCAACAAAGCUCUCUGUGCUAGUGAUGUCAGCAAAUGCCUAAUACAGGAGCUGUGUCAGUGCCGACCUGGUGAAGGAAACUGUUCUUGCUGUAAGGAGUGCAUGCUCUGUCUAGGCACACUUUGGGAUGAAUGCUGUGACUGUGUUGGUAUGUGUAACCCUCGGAACUAUAGUGACACACCUCCCACUUCGAAAAGUACUGUGGAGGAGCUGCAAGAGCCGAUCGCUUCCCUUUUCCGAGCACUUACAGAAGGCGACACUAACCUGAGCUGGAAAAUUGUGUCCUUUUCUGCUGCGGAGGAGCUGUCACCUCAUGAGAAUUUAGUCUCAGUUUUAGAAACAGUGAACCAUCCUCAGCAUCACAAUGUUUCCGUUUCAAACAACGUUCAUCCUCCAUAUUCUAGUGAAAAAGAACGCAUAUGUACUGUGGUUUACUUUGAUGACUGCCUGUCAAUACACCAAUGCAAGAUCUCUUGUGACUCUAUGGGUGCCUCCAAAUACCGAUGGUUUCACAACGCCUGCUGUGAAUGUAUUGGACCUGACUGUGUCGACUACGGGAGUAAAAUUGUAAGAUGCUCAAACUGUAUGUUCUGAAAUUAAACUAUUCAAUUUUAAUAUGGCAGACACCAAAAAAUGGAUGGGUGGGAGGUAUACUUUGCAUAUACAGGUAGUUCUCAACUUACAGCACUUCAUUUAGUGACCAAACUGAAACUGGAAAAAAGUGACUUAUGACUGUUUUUCAGAGAUACGAUCUUUGCAGUGUUCCCACGAUCAUAUGAUAGCUUUUUGCAACCUUCUGACAAGCAAAGUCAACAGGGAAGCCAGAUUUACUUAACAACCGUGUUACUAACAACUUCA